AUGGUUUACAUAAUUAUAGAUCAUCAUUGUUCAUUUAUAUCAUAUAUAAUUGCCAUUUCAAUUUUCAUUAAAUAUUCACAUAAUUUACCAAAUUUCAGAUUAAUUAUAAUUGAAAAUGAAUUACAUCAACUGUUAAUUGAUAUCAAACCAUGGUGUGGUAUAUCUACUUUAAAUCAUUUUAAAUUAUCACAAAUUCCAUUCCAUUUUUUUCUCAAUUAUGUAUUACCAAUUGGGAAAUUAUGUAUUCAAUCAUUACCUAAAAAUUUAAACCAUCCAGUUAAUGAAUUAAUGACUACUGUAAUUGAUCAACAUAAUCCUGUGGGGUUGAUUUAUCAUCCUAGUGAAUUAAUGAAUAAUAUCAGAUUGGAAUUAUACAAGUCUGGCAAAGUUCUGUUUAUGUCCUAUAAUUCAAAUUUCCAUAAACAACAAAUUUAUAACAAUUUUAAAGGUAUAGUAAUCUCAACUGCAGCUAGUACUACUAAUACUACCUCAUCAUCAUCAUCAUCACAGAAUAAUUCUAUUAUUUAUAAUUCAAAUUUGAUACAGGUCAAUUGUUUAAAUGGUCAAUUACCAAAUUCAAUAUUAUGGUUACCCAGAAUUCAAUUUAAUCAAGAUGUUAAUUAUAUAAUUAAUGAAUCAAAUAUAAUACUUGACUCUACACCAGUUAGAAAUAACCCAAUUAUUAAUAUUGAUUUAAAUUAUGCAUUAAAACAAGGUGAUAUUGUCCUUAGUGCCAUAAACAACUUUAUAGGAACUUCCAUCCCCCUUGGGAAUAAAUUAUAG